AAACCGUAAACCAAGAUAAUCAAAUAUUGCGCCGCGAAACCCUAGGGAUAGAUUAUAGAAAUUUAUCUUCAAGGUAAACUGUAGAGUGCCCGUGUCAAGGAGGCCAUGCGCUGUAAUCAUUUAUUUCUGGAGUCGAAUCGACCAUUUCUUAGCACUCCCCCCCUGAGCAUGUUGGAGAGACGAUACUACAUGCCACUGAAGAAGUAAACAUGUCUAUUCCACUUUUUAUUUUCUAUCUAUUGCUUCUAGCUUGGGUGGUCGUUGGGGUCGCCUCUGGCAUGUUUAUUCUUUAUGUACAAAAAUGCUACGCCCAAGCACAACAACCCGACGAAUCGGAUGAACAUACUUUUCUGAUCCAAGGAUCAACGCUGCGAAGAUCAGGCUAUCUUUCCGAUGAUGAGCUGAGCUUUGAUGGUUCUGAUAAUUACGACGAAUCUCUAAUGUCGGUUGAGAUAGCGCCUGUCAACAGGUUUGAGUGGUAUAUGUAUAUUGUCUGACGAGCUCCAUGCUCUAUUGUAUCACUACUCGGCUGCUAGCUGUUACGCGGGGUACAGUUGAUAUACUUUUCGUCAGAUACCAUUGUCAUCGCCUGCCCUAUUGGAUCGAAAAUAUGAAGAGAGAUAGAUGAAGGAAACACCCAUCACUGUUUAAUGGCUCGAUGGAAAACUACGACAGAGGCCACGAGAUCCCUUAUGAAAGCUUCGCUCAAGGCUAUAUUUGGAUGAAAACCACCUUAUGCCUUAUGUUGACGCGCGCGCAGGGGCGCCGGGGGGUAAUAACAACCAUUAUGGAGGAUACGGUCUGGAUAAGAAGUGCGAGACGAAUCACAUUAUAUCAUGGGAUAUUUACGUUUGGCCAAGAAUAAUUCUACACCACCACUACACCAAACAACCGCCACAGCUAGCACUACUACUCCUACUCCUACCACUGGUACUAUUGCUAUAAAAAAAACUCAUACAACCCAUAAACCAACAAAUCUUAAAUAAGAGUUUAAAGAACUUGGGAAGUGGCUGUAUAGGCAAAAGGAAAUAUCUUGUCCUUCGAACGUUGAUUUAAGGGUAACUAGCUUGGACAAUGGUCUAUCUAUGUAUAUCUUACUGUUAUUUAUGUAUCUACUUUGUGUUUAAUUUUAUAGAUUCUAACGAAUUCUAUGUCUCGUCAAGAAAACCACGCCUUGCUGAUCGAGUUAGUGACUGAAAUAUCUGGCUGGAUAUUAUGUUAUAAGGGGCAAAAUAUUCUGGAAUAUGAUAAGGACGAGGUAGCGAUAUGCUUAUGCGUCAUAAGAAGGAUACACGGUAUCGUAUUAUUUCUACGCUACAUGAUGAUAUACUACUCAAUUUACGCCU